ACAAGCUUUAGCAAUUCGUCAAUAGAUGGCGCUGCCGCACCACUGCCAUUAGUAAACAAAACACAAGCAAUGACUCAACGAAACCUUACACUCGAGGGGGUGUCAGUGUUGGUGAAGGAAGCAACAUUAAGGAUUUGCUCGUAUGUCCACCAUACUCCACUCCUGGCCACACCCACACUUUCAGAAGAGACAUCUGCUUCCAUCUUUCUCAAACUUGAAAAUGAGCAAGUGACAGGGUCAUUCAAGGUGCGUGGAGCAUUCAAUAAAAUAGGUGUGCUAGCUGAUAAGGGCGUCACUAAAGUAUACACUGCCUCAACUGGAAACCACGGUCUUGCUUGUGCAUUGGCAUUCAAGACUCUGGGAGUUGGUGGUCAAGUGUUCGUGCCAGUCACUGCAGAUGAUGAGAAGAAGAAAAAGCUGAGAGCAGCCGGGGCAAAUCUCCUGGAAUAUGGCACAGACUGCGCUGAAACAGAGACCUAUGCUCGUAGGCUGGCAGAAGAAAAUGGUGUAAAAUAUCUGUCUCCUUACAAUGACUAUUAUGUCCUUGCUGGUCAGGGUACUAUUGGGGCUGAAAUUCUGCAAGAUCUACCAGACGUUGAUGCCAUCUUUGUGUCUGUAGGUGGAGGUGGACUUAUUGCUGGUAUAGCUUCAUAUGUGAAAACUGAACGGCCAUCAUGCAAGAUUGUAGGAUGUUCUCCAGCUAACUCAAAAGUGAUGCACGAGUCAGUGAAAGUGGGUAGAAUCAUCCAAGAUGAGAGCAAGGAAACCCUGUCUGAUGGCACUGCUGGUGGAAUAGAAGAAUUUACUGUGACUUUCCCCUUGUGCCGAGACUUGGUGGACCAGUGGGUCUUAGUAGAGGAACAUGAGAUAGCUGAAGCUGUCUUUUAUUGUCUAAAGAACCAUAAGAAGGUGGUGGAAGGUGCUGCAGGGGUGGCAUUGGCAGCUAUGAAAAAAGUUAGUGCUAACUUCAAGGGUCUCCGUGUAGCUGUUGUCAUCUGUGGUGCUAAUAUCAGCAUGACCAAUCUUAAGAAUAUCAUCACCACCUAUGCUUGAAGGAUGCUUUGGUGCUUGGUAAGUGCCUAGAAUAUCUUACAACAAAUUUUGUAAGGAUUAGGGAUAUGAACUGGCAGGGCACAAGGGGAAGAGAACACUUUUUUAUAAUAUACAGUACCUGGCAUGCACAG